CUCCAGCACCCCGCCCCACAUCCCUGCAGCAAAUCCAGUUUGCUGAUGACAUGCAGGAGUUCACCAAAUUCCCCACCAAAACUGGCCGAAGAUCUUUGUCUCGCUCGAUUUCACAGUCCUCCACUGACAGCUACAGUUCAGCUGCAUCCUACACAGAUAGCUCUGAUGACGAGGUUUCUCCCCGAGAGAAGCAGCAAACCAACUCCAAGGGCAGCAGCAAUUUCUGUGUGAAGAACAUCAAGCAGGCAGAAUUUGGACGCCGGGAGAUUGAGAUUGCAGAGCAAGACAUGUCUGCUCUGAUUUCACUCAGGAAACGUGCUCAGGGGGAGAAGCCCUUGGCUGGUGCUAAAAUAGUGGGCUGUACACACAUCACAGCCCAGACAGCGGUGUUGAUUGAGACACUCUGUGCUCUGGGGGCUCAGUGCCGCUGGUCUGCUUGUAACAUCUACUCAACUCAGAAUGAAGUAGCUGCGCCACGGCUUAAACAUGGAGUUGCAGUGUUCGCUUGGAAGGGCGAGUCAGAAGAUGACUUCUGGUGGUGUAUUGACCGCUGUGUGAACAUGGAUGGGUGGCAGGCCAACAUGAUCCUGGAUGAUGGGGGAGACUUAACCCACUGGGUUUAUAAGAAGUAUCCAAACGUGUUUAAGAAGAUCCGAGGCAUUGUGGAAGAGAGCGUGACUGGUGUUCACAGGCUAUAUCAGCUCUCCAAAGCUGGGAAGCUCUGUGUUCCGGCCAUGAACGUCAAUGAUUCUGUUACCAAACAGAAGUUUGAUAACUUGUACUGCUGCCGAGAAUCCAUUUUGGAUGGCCUGAAGAGGACCACAGAUGUGAUGUUUGGUGGGAAACAAGUGGUGGUGUGUGGCUAUGGUGAGGUAGGCAAGGGCUGCUGUGCUGCUCUCAAAGCUCUUGGAGCAAUUGUCUACAUUACCGAAAUCGACCCCAUCUGUGCUCUGCAGGCUUGCAUGGAUGGGUUCAGGGUGGUAAAGUUAAAUGAAGUCAUCCGGCAAGUUGAUGUCGUAAUAACUUGCACAGGAAAUAAGAAUGUAGUGACACGGGAGCACUUGGAUCGCAUGAAAAACAGUUGUAUCGUAUGCAAUAUGGGCCAUUCCAAUACGGAAAUCGAUGUGACCAGCCUCCGCACUCCAGAGCUGACGUGGGAGCGAGUACGUUCUCAGGUGGACCAUGUCAUCUGGCCAGAUGGCAAACGAGUUGUCCUCCUGGCAGAGGGUCGUCUACUCAAUUUGAGCUGCUCCACAGUUCCCACCUUUGUUCUGUCCAUCACAGCCACAACACAGGCUUUGGCACUGAUAGAACUCUAUAAUGCACCUGAGGGACGAUACAAGCAGGAUGUAUACUUGCUUCCUAAGAAAAUGGAUGAAUACGUUGCCAGCUUGCACCUGCCAUCAUUUGAUGCCCACCUUACAGAGCUGACAGAUGACCAAGCAAAAUAUCUGGGACUCAACAAAAAUGGGCCAUUCAAACCUAAUUAUUACAGGUAA